CAGGCACCAGCGCUCUAGAACCUUCUUCCAUUUCUACCGGAAAAACACCCACUAGGAAAUGUUCCAGCAGACGACGGAAGAUCAAACUUGAAAAGACCAGCGAUGCAUAUGGAGACAUGAAUGUAAGCAAACACAAGACAUCACAACAAAACGUAAAUAAUUUUAGUAAUUCUCAGACUGUUAGCUGCACAAAACUCGACUCCCGAAACUUCGAAAGACCAAGCGGCUACAGCACCGCAGAGCUCAGCAGCGUCGAAAACAAAAAACGAACUCACAGAAAAUUUUUCGAGGAAACCAGCCCACGGGGUCAUAGAAACUCUACAAGUGAAAAUAGUGAAGAAAAGAGCCUGCGUGGAUCUGAAGAUGUUACCAAUCUCAGCAACAGAUUAAAGCGUGGUGAAAAAGGUGCAAGAAACAAUACAAAAUUUAACAAGCACAGAAGCAGGAUGCCCACAGAUUCAGGCAACGAAGAGACGUACGAACGAAGCGUCGAAAAAAUCCCAAUCUUCGCAAGUGGCAAUGCUGCGACACGGAAGUCAAAGGGGACUAUUGUCCGAAGGAAAGAAAGAGAAAAUUGCCCUCGAAAUAAUAUAAGUGAUGUAACAAAGCAUUCAAUCUGUUUCAAAGAGCAUCCGCCGCCUCAAAAUAUCCUGGCUGACUUUCCGAAGGCCGAUGCAGGAAAAACUGCAGAUGACGUCGAAGACCAACGGAUAAGCGGAGGAGAAUCACGAAAGAAAAUAAUCAGGAGGAAAAGUAGUAAAAUAAGUAUAAAGUCUUGCCAUACUUUUCAUCCAAAAUUAAGUACAUCUCGUUCUGAUGAUGACAGCAGCAGCCUCAAUGAUGAUGGCAGUCGUCUCAAAGAUGAUAUCAGCAGCAGCCUCAAUGAUGAUGGCAGUCGUCUCAAAGAUGAUAUCAGCAGCAGCCUCAAUGAUGAUGGCAGUCGUCUCAAAGAUGAUGGCAGCAGCAGCCUAAAUGAUGAUGAUGGCAGUCGUCUCAAAGAUGAUGGCAGCAGCAGCCUCAAUGAUGAUGGCAGUUGUCUCAAUGAUGAUGGCAGCUGUCGCAAUGAACGCAACGACAUCUCCGUAAAUAAGACGAUUAGAGUAACCCAUGUCGUCAGUUCACAGGGGACCGGGAGCAGCGAUCAAAGCAGCGAAUGUAGCAACAAUAAGUCUAAAAUUAAAAGGAAAACCAAACAAUCAGCCGGAAGUGAAGGGAAGUCCGUCAAUCACAACCGAAUUGAUUGCAACAAUCCUACUAGCUUUGAGGUUUCAGUUGAUAGCGACCCCGGCACUAUCGCCGAGGCAGAAAACAGAGAGGGAAUCAAAAGUCACUGUUCCAGGGGCAGCGCUAAGAACACCGAGCCCAUCAUAAACGACAAUGAGCUUAAUCACAUUGACCUGAGAAGAAGCUAUCUUGAUCAGAUCAAUUAUAAUUCGCAGAACUGCUCUCGUGGAAGUAUUGGCGAAGGCUCCGCUAGCUGUGAAAAUGACGGUAUUAGUGAAGGUUCCACUAGUUGUGAUAGUUACAGCGAUGGAAGUAAAAGUAAUUCGGCCGACAGCGACUCGAAUAGCAGCUUGUAUGUUCCUAAACUAGCUUGGGAUGAGCAACACGGCUACAAAUCUGAACAAAUAACGCCACCCAUUGAGCAUACAGGGUACGCAUCAACUGCAAGUGCACGCAAAAAUGAUGCAAAUGCUCGGACCAUUGAAAUUGUUCUCAGCAGCACCGACGAGGAAGGACGGAAUAUUUCGCAAAACCUGUCGGCGAAACAAAUAAACGUCAGCCACUCAAUUCCAAAUGAGGAAGGCAAAAUGAAUAGAAAGAACUCGGCGGAGAUUGUGGGGAACGAAUCACAUGAAGUUUGUGCUAAUGUCCCGAGUGAGUUAUUCGUAAGAAAGAGACCCCGGGAUGUAGAAUUUGUCACGAGCACCCAACAAUCUGCAGGUCCGCAAGAGACGGCGAUCGUUCUCAGUAGCCCGGCCUCAGAAGAAUCACGUUUCUCACUCGCUGAGAAAGCAAAACAUAAAGAUGAAGAGUCACUAAAUAAGGAAAAGAAAAAUAUCAUAAAUAAAAACCAACGAUGUUUCCGUGGGCAAAAACAGAAACUUGGAGCGCUCAUUGAAUCAAACAAUCCAGGUGAUGAGGAACACGCUGGUCGUGUCGAGGAAAACAUGGCCGCGGUCUCAGUUGAACGGCUGGCAAUGAAAGACAUUUCAAAGCGGCGUGAUACAAUGCCAACAAUGCCAAGUGCUAAUGAUGCUAUUACUCUGAAUAAUUUUCCCGGUGGUUCGGAAGGAAAGUAUUCGAUGACGAUUGACAAUUUUCAAGUAGAAGUGACAAAGAAUAAAGUCGAGAACGCGAAAAGUUUCGUUUCAGCUCCAUCACUGACUCGGCUAACUGGCAAACUGGAAAAUUUCCCACGUGAAAGAAACCAUGAAGACAGCAGCAGUGACUUCAGCAUGGCAGAUGACAUUCUCCCUGUUUAGCCGCUUCACACGCAGCGAUGUAUUCGAAAAAUGACUCAUUCGGCCGGUGAAAAAUAAUCAAAGCGUCCCAUAGUUCAAAGCAAGGUAUCAAAGUUAAGCUUGAUGCGUAAAGAAUAUUUUUGAACACGUGCAGCGGACAAACUCGUACGGGAUGUGGUGUGGAAAGGAGAGCGAGUUAAAGUGUUGCAAGUUUGCGAAUGGAAAAAAAUUCGUUCAGGAAUCUUAUGCUUGUGGAUAAUUUGCGUAUAAAAUAAAUAAAGUGUCCAAUAAAGUAUCCUCGAUGA